CUAUCAGAGGGCAGCACUGUGGACCUGAGGAAGCCCGGGGAGGAAGAGGAUGAGUACUCGGAGCUGGCCGAAGAAGCCAUGGACCCGGAGAACUGCUUCCCAGACAUUUGCGUGGCCAGGUUUCGUUGCUGUGACGUGGACACGACGUCUGGACUGGGUCAGAUCUGGUGGAGGAUGAGGAAGACCUGCUACCAGAUCGUCGAACACAGCUGGUUCGAGUCCUUCAUCAUCUUCAUGAUCCUGUUGAGCUCCGGAGCCCUGGCCUUCGAGGACAUCUACAUCGAGCAGAGGAAGGUGGUGAAGGUGGUUCUGGAAUACGCAGAUAAGAUCUUCACCUACAUCUUCAUCCUGGAGAUGCUGCUCAAGUGGCUCGCGUACGGCUUCAAGAAGUACUUCACCAACUACUGGUGUUGGCUCGACUUCCUCAUCGUUGAUGUGUCGUUGGUCAGUUUGGUGGCCAACACCUUGGGUUAUUCAGACUUUGCCGCCAUCAAAUCCCUGCGGACGCUUCGGGCGCUGAGGCCCCUCAGAGCCCUGUCCAGAUUUGAAGGCAUGAGGGUGGUGGUCAACGCCCUGAUCGGCGCCAUUCCCUCCAUCAUGAACGUGCUGCUCGUCUGCCUCAUCUUCUGGCUCAUCUUCAGCAUCAUGGGGGUCAACCUGUUCGCCGGGAAGUUCGGCCGCUGCGUCAAUCGCACCGGACACAUCUACGACUCCGGCUUCAUCAACAACAAGUCGGAGUGCGAGGCGCUCAACGACACGUCGCUUUACUACUGGACCAAGGUCAAGGUCAACUUCGACAACGUGGGGGCGGGGUACCUCGCACUGCUGCAAGUGGCAACUUUCAAAGGCUGGAUGGAGAUCAUGUACGCAGCGGUGGAUUCACGAGCUGUGGAGGAACAGCCGAUCAAGGAGAUCAAUCUGUACAUGUACCUGUACUUCGUCAUCUUCAUCAUCUUCGGCUCCUUCUUCACCCUCAAUCUGUUCAUCGGUGUCAUCAUCGAUAACUUCAACCAGCAGAAACGCAAGUUAGGAGGACAGGACAUCUUCAUGACCGAGGAGCAGAAGAAAUACUACAACGCCAUGAAGAAACUGGGCUCCAAAAAGCCCCAGAAGCCCAUCCCCCGACCCCUGAACCCUCUGCAGGGCUUCUUCUUCGACCUGGUGGGGAGGCAGGCCUUCGACAUCAUCAUCAUGGUGCUCAUCCUCCUCAACAUGAUCACCAUGAUGGUGGAGACGGACGAGCAGUCGCCUCAGAUGGAGUACAUCCUCAACAACAUCAACCUGGCCUUCAUCGUGGUCUUCACCAGCGAGUGCCUCAUCAAGAUCAUGGCGCUGCGCUGCUACUUCUUCACCGUCGGCUGGAACAUCUUCGACUUCGUGGUCGUCAUUCUCUCCAUUGUCGGUAUUGUGCUGGCUGACAUCAUCGAGAAGUACUUUGUGUCACCAACCCUGUUCAGAGUGAUCCGAUUGGCCCGUAUAGGACGUAUUCUGCGUCUCAUUAGAGGCGCCAAGGGCAUCCGGACGUUACUGUUUGCCCUCAUGAUGUCCCUUCCUGCGCUCUUCAACAUCGGACUGCUCCUCUUCCUCGUCAUGUUCAUCUACGCCAUCUUUGGCAUGGCCAACUUCGCCUACGUUAAACGGCAGGCGGGCAUUGACGAUAUGUUCAACUUUGAGACUUUUGGGAACAGCAUGAUCUGUUUGUUCCAGAUCACCACGUCGGCGGGUUGGGACAGCCUGCUGAGCCCCAUCCUCAACAACUCCCCAGAGGAGUGCAACCCCAACAUCCCCCACACUGGCACCACUGUCCGAGGGAACUGCGGCAACCCGUCGGUGGGCAUCACCUUCUUCGUCACCUACAUCAUCAUCUCCUUCCUCAUUGUGGUGAACAUGUACAUUGCCAUCAUCUUGGAGAACUUCAGUGUGGCCACAGAGGAGAGCACCGAGCCGCUCAGCGAGGACGACUUUGAGAUGUUCUACGAGGUUUGGGAGAAGUUUGACCCAGAGGCCACACAGUUCAUCGAAUACGCCAAGUUGUCUGAUUUUGCAGACUCCCUGCUGGAGCCGCUGCGCAUCGCCAAGCCGAACAAGAUCAAACUGAUCUCCAUGGAUCUGCCCAUGGUCAGUGGGGACAAGAUCCACUGCCUCGACAUCCUCUUUGCCUUCACCAAGCGUGUCCUGGGAGAGUCAGGUGAGAUGGACGCCCUCAAGCAGCAGAUGGAGGAGAAGUUCAUGAUGGCCAAUCCAUCGAAGAUCUCCUACGAGCCAAUCACAACAACUCUGAGGCGCAAACAGGAGGAAGUGUCUGCCACGGUGAUCCAAAGGUGCUACCGUAGACACCUGGUGAGGCGGCAGAUGAAGGCGGCCUCGUACUUGUAUCGCCAGAUCACCACCCCUCGGCACGCGGGAGUUGAAGGCGAGGAGGGUGAGGUGAUUUUCGGAGAGGAUGCACCUGAGAAAGAAGGGCUGAUCGCUGCCAUGAUGAGGGAGAAUUAUGGCUCGAGUUUGUUAGGAAUAGAGCGUUCGGAGACGAUUUCCUCCACCUCGUCCCCGCCAUCAUACGACAGCGUAACGCGAGCCACAUCGGAAAUCCUACACCCACUCGCUGUCAUGACCGAAACGGCUGUGGCAGACACGGCAGGCAGCGAACCAAGCGAACCGUUGCCAUCAGUGGUGGACCCUGACAAAGAGCAGGAGAGGGUACCGUAGCGGGAUCCGAAAAGCAAAAAAUUAAACAAAUGAGGAUUUACUCAUUAUGGGUUAAGCCUGUUUGUUCACUGUUUACUGAAUGUACCAUAGCUGGGGAACGCUGAAGAGGCAGCGAGGAGAAGCUAUGGAGGAGGAACUGCAGGAGGAGGCGUGAGAGGGGCGAACACAGCGGAAUAUUUACUACCUUUAAUGUUUUUUUCCUGUUUCCUGCAGAGAUUCCUGGACUAAACUCAACAGCUAUUUUGGAGUUUCUUAAAGGGAAGCAGAAAAACUGAAACGGCAGUGGGGAAAGCCCAUCUGCCAACUCAGCUCUGCCUUUGCUGGAGUAAAAGACAAGAACGUCCUGGAAGAACCACGUCUGGAUUCAUUGGACCUUAUGGGUCUCUCGUGUCAACCAGAGUUGAGGGUUUUGAACACUGACUGACGUUUGACCUCAGGUGCAGGAGGUCUGAACAUCUAUAUCACAGAUUUAUCCAUCAUUUAUAGGCCUGGGGGGUUUGUGCCUUCCCACAGUUGAUCAAUAUUCUCAGAGUACGCCUGGCUAAGAGCGAUUCCCGGUGGUGUUUCUGACUGACUGAGACUUGAGAGAGGAGGGGAAAUAAUGACAGUGAUUCAAAAAAAAGUUUUCGUAGUAAAAGUAUAACUUUGUUGAUGUUACCAGUCUUUUAAUAGCGGUAUGAUUAUUACAAUUUUUUAUAUUUUUUAGAGUAAGUUGAAGAAAAAAAAAUAAGCAGUCCCUCUCUUUCAACUUUGGAGCGGCACUCGCUAAUGAAAAAGUGGCUGAUCCACCACGUUGUAAUAGAUGAGAGGAGAGGAUGCCGUCAGGAAAAAGAACCUAAGAAGCUACUUCAUCUGUUUUCGUCGGAAAUGUUGCACCUUUUUAGUUUACAUGUGCCGUCACUUUACUUCACCCGGGCAAAAACGCACUGGAAGAACGCCUGGGAAGCCUUUAUUUUUCCUCUGAAAACCUUUGAGAUAACACCAAAAACUGUUACAAGUGCACAAUGAGAUUUUCUACACAGUCCCAGAUUCCUUCUGAAAUGCUUUUUGCCCCAGUGGUGAACAUCGUUAUGUCUGUUAGUUUUAGGCCAGUGGGUGAUUUGUCUUGAAGUCUACUGUACGUUUUCCUG